UCCCAAACCAACCAUCCCAUCUCUUUAGACAUGCCGUGCAAAUGACCGGAGCAAUAUCUGAUCGAGUGCGCUGAUGCGAGGAGGAUGUAGUGGCAGAGGAGGCGGCAGGAUGGAGUGCUCCUGGAAGACGGUGCUGCUGCUGGUGUGUGCGUCUCUGGGGGUCCAGUACACCGCCAUUCACACCCUGAGGGACUCGCUGUCCGGACCCUGCCAGGGAGCCUACCACUGCCAAACCAGACACCCCAGAGACUCCCGGUGGAGAGCCCUGUGCGAUGACAGCUGGCUGCCUGUUGAGUCAUAUCGGAAGCACAUCCUGCUGUUUGCCACCACGCGCAGCGGCUCCUCCUUCACCGGGCAGCUCCUUAACCAGCACCCUGCCAUCUUCUACGUGUUCGAGCCUCUCUACCACGUCCAGCAGGCCUUCACCAACUCCAGCAGCCGACUGCGCCGCACCUUGGACCGCCGGGCCCUGCUGGGAGCCUACAGGGACCUCCUCCUCAACCUGUACACCUGUGACUUUCACUUCAUGGAGAACUACAUCCGCCCCGAGCCACAGGACCACGUCACAGGCUCCUUUUUCCGCCGGAGCUCCAGCCACGCCCUCUGUUCUCCCCCAGUGUGCCCAGAAGGUGGGGACGGAGGGGCCACCGGCUCGCCCGAUGAAAUCUGGUGCCCUAAGAAGUGUGGGUCGCUGAACCUCACCCUGGCCUCCAUGUCAUGUCUGUCUCGGGGACAUGUGGCCAUAAAGACAGUCCGGAUCCCUGAGGUGGGGGACCUGCGCACCUUGACUGAAGACCCUCGCCUGGACCUGAAGAUCAUUCACCUGGUGAGGGACCCUAGAGCCAUUCUUGCCUCGCGCAUGAUGGCGUUCUCAGAUCAGUUCCGUGCAUGGAAAAUAUGGAACGCCACAGGACGGCAGCCGCGAUAUGUGGACCUGUCCCAGAUCACCAGCACCUGCAAGGACAUGACGGCCUCAGCAGAGACAGGUCUGCAGAGGCCGGCGUGGCUGCGGGGACGCUACCUGCUCGUGCGCUAUGAGGAUCUAGCCUUCAACCCCAAAGACAAGGCCAUUGAGAUCUACAGGUUCGUGGGGCUGGAGCUGGAGGAGAAGGUGCGGUCGUGGAUCGCGAGGAACACCAACAGUAACGUGUCUUCUCCGUCUGAGUGGAAUCACAGAUACUCCACCACCAGAGACUCCAGGGUGACAGCGGAGAGCUGGAGGCUCCGGCUGAGCUUUGACAUCGUCAGGACUUUGCAGAAUCUGUGCAACGACACGCUGACCCUCCUGGGCUACAAGCAGGUGCACUCUGUGGCCGAGCUCAGAAACUUGUCCCACAGUUUAGUGGAACCCAGGACCUUCUCACCAGCGACAUGA